AUGCUGUGCAUCAUCAACACUUCAAGCUUCGACAUUGUGGACAACAAAUUUCUUGAAGCCGAUGGGAAGAUAAUGAGUACAUCCUUUGAACUUUAUUUGGACAUGAGAAUCAAUACCCUUUGGCCUACGCCAGUUUGUAUUGACAGAGAUCCUGUGGUCAUUAUGUGGCCUCUUGAACUACUUAACUCUCUUCUUAACAAUCUUCUUCAUAAGAAACGACACUGCCAUUUUCACUUACCUUCAGUGAUUUUGCUACCCGCCAAGGUUCUGGAUCUGGAGUUAGGUCAAGAUUUUGUGUGGAUUUCUGAUGUUGUUGUUGAUGACGAUGACGAUAAAGAGACUAUUAUUUGGUGGAUUGUAAUUCAAAGAGCUUGGCAUCGCUAUUUCCUUAUUUGGCCUCUUAGUUCCAUGAAACUUAAUUUGCUAUCUAAAGCCGUGGUUAGAAUCUUGAUCUCCACCCGUCUUGCCUUAUUACCCAUCUAA